CCGAAUUCCUCCGGCGUCGUGGCUCCCGAGUCCCGACUCAUCCCUACUAGGUUUUCCUCCUGCCGCCGCCUUCCCCGACCGCCGCCGCAGCUGCUCCUUCUGCCGCGAUGCCGACGGUGAGCGUCGGCCGCGACCGGUUCUUUGCCGCCCUCGGCCGGACCCACACGCAGGAGGAGUUCGAGGCGCUCUGCUUCGAGUUCGGCAUCGAGCUCGACGACGUGACGACGGAGAAGGCUAUUAUCAGGAAGGAGAAGCACCUCGAGGAUGACGGCGAGGUGGAGGGCGACGACGAGGUCAUCUACAAGAUAGAGGUCGCGGCCAACAGAUACGAUUUGCUAUGUCUUGAAGGAAUAGCAAGAGCUCUUCGUGUUUUCACUGGGACUGAAGCAAGCCCUCUAUUCCGAGUUUCUUCCAUCCCUCGUGGUUCAAUGCUUCAGAUGCAUGUUAAACCACAGACUUCACAGAUUAGACCACACGUGGUUUGUGCUGUCCUAAGAGGGGUAACUUUCGAUGAAGCAAGAUACAACAGCUUCAUUGACCUUCAAGACAAACUCCACCAAAAUAUAUGCCGGAAGAGAACUCUGGUUGCCAUUGGUACCCAUGAUUUGGAUACUCUGGUAGCUCCCUUCUCUUAUGAGGCUCUACCACCACAUGAAAUCAACUUUGUCCCUUUAAAGCAGGAGCAAAGCUUCAGAGCUGAUAAACUGAUGGAAUUCUAUAAAGUAAGUAGCUAUAUCGGAGUGUUUAUUGUGCCGUUGUACACUAAAUAUUGCCAAUUUGCCAUGUAUCAGUACGCCAACCAUUCAAUUUCAAAGUUUAAUGGUUAUAUCAUAGACAUGAAACUGAAGAAGUUUUUGCAUAUAAUUGAAAACUCUCCAGUGUACCCAGUUAUCUAUGAUAGCAACAGAACUGUAUUAUCGUUACCUCCUAUCAUCAAUGGUGCACAUUCAGCUAUCACCCUUGCAACAAGAAAUGUCUUUAUUGAAUGUACAGCUACUGACCUUACCAAAGCAAAGAUUGUUCUGAAUACAAUGGUUACCAUGUUCUCUGAGUAUUGUGAGAAUAAGUUUGAGGUGGAACCAGUUGAAGUGGUACAUCAUGAUGGCAGCAAAACUGUUUACCCUGAUCUUUCAUGUUACAAAAUGGAGGCUCCAUUAUCUGACAUUCUUGGGCCUAUCGGCAUCUCCUUGGAUGAGAAACAGGUUGUUUGUCUUUUAAACAAAAUGCAACUGCAAGCUGAAAGUCACUCAUCGAAUGGCGAGCAUCGGAUUUCAGUAUCUGUUCCUCCAACAAGAAGUGAUAUUCUGCACGUUCGUGAUUUGGUGGAGGAUGUUGCUAUAGCUUAUGGAUACAACAAUGUGCCAAAAUCAAAGCCAAAGUGUAUGACAAUAGGUGGAAGGCAACCAUUAAAUCGAUUCUCCGAUAAAAUUCGUGCCGAGGUUGCAAGAGCUGGUUAUAUGGAGGUGCUCACAUUUAUCUUGUCUUCACAUGAAGAAAACUUUGACAUGUUGAACAGAACAGAUGACAAAAGUAAAGCAGUUAUUAUCGCAAACCCUCGUACUUCUGAAUUUGAGGUUGUAAGAACUAGUCUGAUGUCGUGUUUACUGAAAACACUGAAACAUAAUAUAGACCAUCCAAGACCCAUAAAGAUUUUUGAAGUUGGUGAUGUAGUGACGCUGGACCCAUCACGCGAUGUCGGUGCAUCUAAUAAUAGGCGGCUUGCAGCUUUGUACUGCAAUAGGGUUUCUGGAUUUGAGGAAAUUAUGGGAUUGGUGGAUAGUAUCGUCAAAAUUGUCAGAGCUCCGCAUGUCAAGUUUGGCGAGAAGUACUAUGUUCCUACAGAUGAACCUGAGUUCUUCCCGAAAAGACAAUGCAAAAUUGUUACAAGUGAUGGCAAGCAGGUUGGCUACUUAGGAAUUGUCCAUGCUGAGGUGCUAAGGAAAUUCGGCAUUCCGGAUCCCUGCACAUUUGUCGAGAUGGACAUCGAAGCCCUGUUGUAGUGCUGUCAACAUCAAACAAAGGAAAGCCUGCCACCUUGGUUUUGUUCAGCAAGCAUGCAUUGGGGUACCACCAAGAAGUAGAUGAUAGAUGACCCGUCACCCGAGCUGCAAUUUUGUGAGGAGGUCCACACCUGCGUAUGUUUUUUAUUGUGGGAAAGAGAAUGCAAGGAUAUCAUACAGCCCCGCCCCCUCACCCCCCCCUCCCCCCACUCCCCCGCGCGCAUAAUAUUCAGGGAUUGUUUUCACCAUGAUUCCAUUGUAAUUUAACCUCAUUUCCUAUACCGGUUUUGCAUUAAAAGUGUAUCUGGUUUGCUUUUGUUGACAAUCGAAAAGUGAUUUCUGAUCAGCUCGUACGAUCUUGAUGACAUUACCAUGAUGUUGGCCUUAUAUUCUCCUCAUUGAUAAUCAUGCAUGGGACUA